UCGAAGGGCGGCCGCUCGGAUCCUGCAUCUUUACUGACUUGCAGAUGGAUCCAAAUGACAGCGUGUCGUCCGCGCAAAGCACAUUCAGCUCGGAUUUCCGAAAUUUAUCCCGACAGCUUCAGGUGUCCGCUAAUCGUUCCCAGCCGAACGGCACCAAGCCCGAACUCGAGAGCAGUUUGGACGUGAACACGCUCCUGUUCUCCAAGGUGCUGGUCACCGUCAUAUACUUGGUGCUGUUUCUGGUCGGCUGUCUGGGCAACUCGGUUACAUUAUACACGCUGCUGAAAAGACGGACCUGGCGAAACCUGCAGAGCACAGUGCAUUACCACCUGGCCAGUUUGGCCAUUUCCGAUCUGUUUAUUUUGUUGGUCAGCAUGCCCAUCGAGCUCUACAACUUCAUCUGGGUACAUCACCCGUGGGCGUUCGGCGAUGCCGUUUGCAAAGGUUAUUACUUCAUCCGGGACGGCUGCUCCUACGCCACGGCGUUUAACAUCGCCAGCCUCAGCACGGAACGCUACAUGGCAAUAUGCCACCCUUUCAAAGCGAAAAGCAUCAUGUCCCGCAGUCGUACGAAGAAGCUCAUCAGUGGAGUGUGGGCGGCGUCGUUUCUGCUGGCAACACCGAUGCUUCUGACGAUGGGUCAGAUCAGCAUCGACGGGGAGAAGAUCUGCACUACCGUCGUGUCCACGGUCACCGCCAAGACCGUGCUACAGGUCAACGCCCUGCUGUCCUUUGCAGCCCCUAUGGUGAUCAUUUCGGUGCUGAACACAGCCAUCGCCAGGCAGCUGCAGCAGAUGUUUCAGCCGAACUGCCGCGCGUAUUUUAUUAAGGGUUCCGAGCCAGAACCAGGCAUGGCCAUGGAAACGAGCCGCGUGCGGUCGCUGCGGCAUGGGGUCAAGGUGCUGCGCGCGGUGGUCCUCGCCUUUGUGGUGUGCUGGCUGCCCUACCACUCUCGGCGGUUGAUGUACUGCUAUGUGACAGAGUGGACAGAAGUAAUGUUUGACUUCUACCACUAUUUCUACAUGGUUACCAACGUGCUGUUCUACAUCAGCUCGGCCAUCAACCCUGUGCUCUACAACCUGGUGUCUGCCAACUAUCGGAAAUUUUUCUUCUCCACACUCCACUGCUUCUGCGGGGAUGAGAAGCUGCAGGAACAGCAAGACCAGCAACAGGUCCGACCCAGGUUCUCCAAUAGCAUCAGCAGCAACCACACAUUCAGCAUCAAGGGCGCCUGAGCUGAAUAAAUCUUUUUUUUUUUUUUUUUGUUCUUAACACGUCAGUUUUGGAAAAGAGGUGGAGCAUUGCAUACUAUCAGAAACCAUAAUACACACAGGAAGUGUCUGAAGUUGAAUCAAUCCCUCACUAACUGUAUAAAGCAGGGGUAUGCAACCCUGAUCCUAGAUUGCCAGUAUCCGGCAGGUUUUAUAUCCUUCCUGGUCUCUGAUGAACCAAACCUCAUCUCAGGCUGAUAUUAACUCAUCAGGCAGGACAGAAAACCUGCUGGAUACUGGCACCCCAGGAUUCGGAUUGCCUGCCCCUGGUGUAAAGCAUAGGCUCACUAUAAGACCACACUACAAUUGACCCUUCCCCCUCAUGGGGGUUAGGGGCACAGCCCCCCCCAUGAUCUUGAAAGUCCUCUUUGUCCCCACGGCUAGCAAAGCAAGCAUGUGAGCAGAGUGAAGCAAAGCGAUACAAGAAACGUGAGAUAUCACAGGAGAGGAUGCUGUAAACAAGCUUGUUGUCCUCCUAAACCACCCAUCUUCUAUAACUGCUUAUCCUAUUCAGGAUUGUGAGGGAUCCAGAGCCUAUGGGUGCAAGGCAGGGGAUGACUCAGAGUGG